AACAGAAUGCGAACUCUCAUCGCAGUGGGCUUCUCCGUGCUUCCUCAAGCUUCCUCAUACCCCUCGGCCUGAAUCACUCAAAAUUUGGGGUCUCAUUGUUUGCGUGGUUGCGUGCGCAACUCGACGUUGGUGUCUUCUUUCUUGAUCGCACCCGUAGAUGGAAGCGCACACAAACGGAAAAAUUCCCAGUAGCACGAGGUGUAGAAACAGCUUGCGAGGCGGUGAUCGGCGUCGAGGAGUCCACCAGCGGAGAAUGUCGUCGAUCCGCUUCCAGGAAUUGCGUCGAUUGCGUCAGCCGUCAAAAGCUCGAUGGAAAAUUUUCUGCUGCGCCGAUGAUGGUGUGUGUGCGCUUGUCCCACGCAAACAAUGAGACCCCAAAUUUUGAGUGAUUCAGGCCGAGGGGUAUGAGGAAGCUUGAGGAAGCAAGGAGAAACGCGCUGCGGUGAGAGCGCGCUUUGCUUUUUGAGUGCGCUUGUCACUAACACAAAACGAACCCAGCGUAUUGGAACAAGCCGUGUGUGAUUGUGUGCGUGCGUCGACGGCUAUUUCAGCUGGAGAACUCGUUUUUUAUUUGCACCCAAUUUUUGCCGGUCAGUCUGUCUCAUUCUUACUACCACAUUUGACUUCAUACAAAGUGGCAAAGUUUGACGUUUCGAAUGUUGAUGUUUUUAAUCUCCUUGAUUCUGCGUGAUAAUGUGAACAAAAACUUGUUAUAGUGAAGUGUAUUAAUGUGUUUAGUGUUACUUCGACGUGCACAGUUAAUUUAAAUAUGAAAAGUGUUGGAAAACAAAGUGUUGUAGUGAUAUUUAUGCCUGUUUGUACUUCGGCCAAAGAGGUAGACAUCAUGUUAACAAAGUCAACAAAAAGGUAAAUAACAACAACAUGCAUCGAGGUAUAUGCUCUUUUUGCAAAUGUAAAAGAAUUAUGCCAUAUGCAAAUAUUAUGUUAGAUUUGUGACAAAAGUGUUUUUACUAUUAUUUACCCGUGUUAUUCCAUUUCCCUCCCCCGCCUAUCCACUUGUGUACCGGUAAAAUUAUAAAAAUCGUGGUAUAUCGUUGUGUUUUAUGUUUAUAUGGUUUAAUAUGCGGCUAGUUAAUUUCGCUGCCGUGGUUAGCAUUCCGGACAUGCAGAUUAUGGGGUUGCGGACGCCAAACGAAAUCCGGGGUGCAAUAACCGGGAUCGCACGUGUACAUCUUGGCUUGUACGUCGUGGCUUUGUGAUGAGCGGGUCGAUCCGAACUUACCGGGUCAGAGUCAUCCGUAAGUGACCAGUAGUCGUUCGGGUCGACCCGGAAGGUACAAGUAGGUAAAGUAGGCCCAAGCACCGGGUCGGAAAUGCUUAUACUUUUAUGUACCUACUGAUUAUUCGGGUUGACCCAAACUCGCUGCACCCACAGGUCGAAUUUCAUUCCUAAAGUGAUCUAGCAACCCUUACUGCAACCAUGGUUCGGGAUCGAUUCCGUGAGACUCCGGAUCGUAUCGUAAAAUUAAUCGUAUGACCCACCCCAAGUAUAGCUGAACCCACGAGAGCAGUAAAGGACAGUUAACACUUUUGUUUGAAACCCGGUUAUAAAUGCCCGCCUGGCUGGAGGAAUUCAAGCGAGACCACCAUACAAUGCAUGCAUAAAUUAUAUUAUGACAUAACAUAAACGAUAAAAUUUUAUUAUGAGCGUGAUUAUUACAAUCUAAAUUAAUAAUUUAAUUAAUUAAUUAAUUAAUUAAGCCUGUCUCGUGGUACAGUCAACUCGUACGACUUAACAACAUGCUCGUCAUGGGUUCAAGCCCCAAAUAGACCGUGCCGCCAUACGUAACACUGACUAUCCUGCUAUGGGGGUUUAUCCAAAAGUCACUGAAAGCCAACACGACAAGUGGUACAGACAGGCCUUGACCGACAACGGUUGUAGAGUCAAAAGAAAAAAAAAAAUAGUUCGAUCUGGACCAGCCAUAUGGUAAACGUUUAAUAAAUAAUAUCAAAUUUAACAAACCCUGUUUUCCAUACAAACGCAUGCUUUUAAAUUGAACUGUCAACCAAGUAUCAAGUGUUCAAUUUAAAAGCAUGCCAACUAAUAAGCGUUCAACUACAGUCAGAAUUCAAUAGUUUGUAUCAGAAUACCGUUUUUUUUUUAAUUUCACAAAAAUCUUAUGGCCUGCCGAGAAAAUUUUUUCAUUUUUUCAUUUUUCAUUCAUUUUUUUGUAUGAAAAAACGUGCCAACUAAAAAGCACAUACUCAAUAGUUAGCAUGGAAUCGAAGUUCAACCAAUGAGUUCAGAUUGUUCUGUUAUUUUGUUCUUUUGAUCAAAUAGCCAUUGCCCAAGAGAAAUGUAAUAAUAAUUUUCUUUACCUGUGUAUCUGGCCUGCAUAAUUGUGUUGCUUAAAAAUCAAAAUAUUACCCUGGUUUAUACAAGGAUUCAAUGGGUAAAUAUCUAAACAUUACACCUGCUAGUGUUUAUCCUGUUACAUAAGUAGCUUAAAAUAAAGGUACUAAAUAGUCCGUUACAUAAGAAAAUAAAAAAUCCUACCUCUUUUCUGGCUUAUAAAAACCCGCGCAAUUUAUGUUUGUGUCAAUACGAUUCGGGCAGUCGUUUCACUCGGUGUUGUUAUGCGUGCUCUGUACAGUUAUAAAUUUUGUGCAAUACUGUUAUAAUACAAGUGCAGAAUAAUACAAGUGUAUAUUUUAAAUAUUCAACGUGCCGUGAAUUUCACUCAAUCACGACAAUGUCGGCCAAAGACAAACGCAAGUCAGGAUCCAUGUAUAGAUCCAUAGAAGCCAAUAAUAAAAAGCUUGAUGCUGAAUUGUUUGGAGAGAGUAGUGAAGCUGGGCCAAGUAAUAUUCAGACAGCUACGUCAAAUGUAGAGUUCAGUGAACACCCGAAUUGUGAGAACCAUCCUUGUCCAUUUGAUGAAUACAUCUUGCAAGAAGAAUACGUCAGUGAUUGGGUUACUAUCGAUGCAUUCGACGAUACGGAAGUAUAUGAAGAGGUCAACGAAGAUUACGAUGAAGCCGAGGAAACUAUGCACAGCACACAAGAGUCUCAACACGAGGAGGAACCAUUUGAUGAGCUUAUUCGAAAUUGGGCAUUAAAAACAUACCAAACACAUCAAGCUCUAAAUGGACUAUUAGAAAUUUUACGUAAAAAAAAUAACUACCAGCUGCCGAAAGAUGCGCGCACGUUGCUUAAGACAAGGCAAUGUGGAAAAGAAACGUACCCUAUAGCAGGGGGAGAAUUUUGGUUCCCUGGGGUACGAUCGGUUCUCAAGGAUCACUUUCGCGAUGUGCCACCAAGAGUCAGCAAAUUUUCGUUGAACUUUUCGAUUGAUGGACUUCCACUGCACAAGAGCACUCGAAAACAGUUUUGGCCCAUAUCAAUGAGCAUUCAAGAAAUGCCGGAAGUUCCAGUAUUGAUGGUUGGCAACUUUUUUAGUGAAUCGAAACCAAAGAGUGUUGAGGAAUAUCUGCGUCCGCUUGUCGACGAGCUAAAUGGGUUGAUGGAUAAUGGCAUUGUAAUAGCCAAUAAGCCAAUCGAAAUACACGUAAGAGCUUUCAUCGCGGACUCACCAGCACGAGCAUUCAUAAAAGUUCAGUUUACUUCAACCACACACAUGGUUGCCAAAAAUGUACGGUACAAGGAAAAUAUCACAGCGCACACCGAGUUACAUGUUUCCCGGGAAUGGAUCAUCCAGCAAGAACGCAUGAAGAUUUCGUCCAAUCAAAUUACGGAGCACAUCAUCGGGAAAAAACGCCUCUCAUGGAUCUUAAGAACUUUGACAUCAUAAAGCAGAUUAUUAUAGCAGAUCGUUUGCACCUCUUUGACUACGGCGUAACAAGAACAAUGCUGAAAGGAUGGAAAUCAGGCAAAUUAGGAGGGGGUGCCAAGUGGUCUGAAGAAACAAUAAGCAAGAUUGAUGCUUUGCUGAAGGAGGUGGAACUUCCUUUAGAGUUUCAUCGCAAACUCCGUUCUGUUGAAGACAUUGGAUUGUGGAAAGCUAGUGAGUUCCAAAUGUUUCUGCAUUAUCUUCUUAUCCCUUUGAAAGUAAGCUCCAGCAUGUCAAGAACUGUCUUCGAAACGGUCAUAAGGUUUUGGUGCAGGCUGCAAAUAGGAUAUCGGAGCAAAACCCACAUACUGCGUCAUCAAGUACAGCAAAUCUCUCUUUUCCAUUUUUGAAAACCAAAACUAAUGGAGUAGCAUUGCACAUUAAUCGACAAUUAAUUCUUUCUCCUAGUAUUCAGUCCAAUUGGUUUUUGACUCAUGAUAACUACAUAGUUAAAUAUUGUAGCGCAGAACAAAAAGAUUCAACUAUAAUAAUUAAUGGGAGAGCAUUCAAUUAUAUAACGGAAACCCACUCGUACUAUAUUUCACCUUUUAUGAAGGAUAUAUAUGAAGAAAAUAUAAGUAACCUUCGUACCGAUGAAAUGGUAUUUUUACCCUGGAAUAUAAAGUGUAAAUUAGUAGCUAAUAAAACUACUGAUAACUGCUUAGUGUUAGUACCCUUUCUAAGGACGUUAACCGAAUAAAACAUAACAAUAUAUAUACAUAUAUACAUAUAUAUAUAUAAAGGUAUAACAUGUAACUAAUCUUUGUAUUAUUAUUAUAUUAUUGCAGAUCACAGUCCGUUGCACAAAUUUUGUUUGUUGUUUGUAUACGGUUUACUUAUACAAAAUAAAUAAAAAUCCAAUGAAAUGCAUGCACUUCCUUAUACAUCACAGAUAGUUUUUGAAAUACUUCCUGACAGUUUUUUCUAACAAAAUGUUUGUAUUUAUGUUACAAACUUACAGCCACAAAAUUACUGUUAAAGCGUAGCAACCGCAUCAUAAUCUCUUAAUUUUACAGAUGUUAGUAUCAUGUUAUGAAUCAUUUAAGUAGUAUUUUGAUUGCUCAUUUAAAGUUAAUAUAAAUUUGUAUAUGUUAAGGCAAGAAUUCAGAAUAUUUAUCAUAAUAGUUCAUAUUAGCUAUGUCAUGAAAAAAACAUUACUUUUAAUAAUAUGUAUAGAUUAUAAUGAUAGUAGUGCAGUGCAUAAUUUUUCGACUAGAUUUCAAAUAAACUUUGGUAUCAAUAUGAACAUCUUAUAAUAACGCUACUUAAGCUCAUAAUGAUAAGACUAAAGUUUAAUUAUACAUUAAUUUAAAAAUAUUCAUAUGUACAUAUGUGACAGCUUAUAGACGUUUAGGAAUACAUAACAUAUAUAUACAGGUAAACUAUCUUAAUUAACUAAAUUAACUAACUUAAAAAUUUUCUAUUGUGACAAGUCGAUUUCCUUGAACCCUCCAAAUUCAAACGUUGAGUAGCAUGCUCCAACUUUGAUUUCAUAAACUUUUCUACAAAAAGGUCAUCGACUUCUAUCCCCAAGUGAUUUUUUCCGACAGCCCUAAGCAAACGUAAUACAUGCCGGUAAUUACAAAACGGUAUUUUUUUUCCACUUGACCCUUUCCAACUGCAUGAAGCGAAAAAUGCUCUAUCAAAAAGGAUAUCCAAAGCCUCAUGUAACCUAUUGAAUGCAUCCUGACUUGUAAUAUCAGCAUCGAUUCUUUGUACAUAACAAAAAAAAAAGAAUUCAUUAUUUUCCAACUUAGCUUCCAGCUCAUCUAGCUGCUGCACGUUGGACACUACAGUAAUAUUAAAUGUAUUUACAUUCCUUCGAAGUCCUUUCAUAGGAUUCAUUGUCAAGGAAAGUCCAUCUAACAGAGCAAGUAUUUGAGCAUUUCGAGCAUCCUGUCUAAUAAGCAGCUUUCGGCAAAGCGGACAGCAGCAAGACGGGUGGCUUUCUUCUUGCGGCUGUGUUGCAGCAAAACCAUCAUCGCUGGAAAUUUCCAUCAUUGAUACAGCUGAUGUUGGCUUGAGAACAUCUGCGCUGAUAAUCCUUGCUUGCGGGCGUGUCGCAGCAGAAAAACCACCUCCGGAUGCUGCAAUGACAGUUGCAGACGACGAUAACCGUUGUCCUGCGGAGCAUUUAGCCAUUCCUGGCGGUUUUGCUGCAGCAGCGACAACACCUCCAGUUGCUGUCACCACCGCUGAAGACGACGUCAACUGUUGCAAUCCAGCAUCAACAACAUUUCCUGGCGGGCGUUCCGUAGCAACAACAACGCCACUGGAAGUUGCUUUUGGUGAUGUAGACGGCAACAGUUGUCCUCCGGCGGCAGCGGCAACACUCUCGGCUGUCUCCACCGUUGCAGCCGACGGAAGCCGUUGUCCUCCAGUAUGAACAGCAGCAACAACACCACAAGAUGCUGUCCCCACUGUUGCAGCCGACGGCAACCGUUGUCCUCUGGCGUGUACAACACUUCCUGGCGGACGUGCAGUAACAGGAACAACACCGCUGGAAGUUGCGAUUGUUGAUUCAGACGGCAACCGUUGACCUCCGGCGGCAGCGACAACACUUCUAGAUGCUGUCACCACCGUUGCAGCCGACGGCAGCCGUUGUCCUCCAACAUGGACAGCAUUUCCUGGUGGGUGUGUUGCAGCAGCAAAAACGCCUUUGGAUGUUGUGUUCGCCAACGCAGAUGACGGCAAACGUUGUCCUACGGCAUGAACAGAAUAUCCUUGCGGGCGUGUCGCAGCAGCAAAACCACCUCCAGAUGCUGCAAUCACUGUUGCAGACGACGAAAACCGUUGUCCUCCGGUGCGUUUAACCCUUCCGGGCGGGUUUGCUGCAGCAGCGACACCUCCGGAUGCUGUCACUAUCGUUGAAGCCAAUGGCAACUGUUGUCCUCCGGCGGCAGCGACAACACUCCUGGAUGCUGUCACCACCGUUGCAGCCGACGGAAGCCGUUGUCCUCCAGCAUGAACAGCAGCUACAGCACCUCCAGAUGCUGUCCCCACUGUUGCAGCCGACGGCAACCGUUGCCCUCCGGCGGCAGCGACAACAAUCCUGGAUGCUGUCUCCACCGUUGCAGCCGACGGAAGCCGUUGUCCUCCAGCAUGAACAGCAGCUACAGCACCUCCAGAUGCUGUCCCCACUGUUGCAGCCGACGGCAGCCGUUGCCCUCCGGCGGCAGCGACAACACCUCUGGAUGCGGUCACCAUCGUUGCAGCCGACGGCAACCGUUGUCCUCUAGCGUGUACCACACUUCUUGGCGGACGUGCUGCAACAGUAUCAACACCGCUGGAAGUUGCGUUUGGUGAUCCAGGCGGCAACCGUUGUCCUCCGGCCGCAGCGACAACACUCCUGGAUGCUGGGACCACCGUUGCAGCCGAUGGAAGCCGUUGUCCUUCAGCAUGAACAGCAGCGACAACACCACUGGAUGCUGUACCCACCGUUGCAGCUGACGGCAACCGUUGUCCUCUGGCGUGUACAACCCUUCCUGGCGGACGUGCAGCAACAACAACACUGCUGGAAGUUGCGUUUGUUGAUCGAAACGGCAACCGUUGUCCUCCGGCGGCAGCGACAACACUCCUGGAUGCUGGGACCACCGUUGCAGCCGAUGGAAGCCGUUGUCCUUCAGCAUGAACAGCAGCGACAACACCACUGGAUGCUGCCCCCACCGUUGCAGCCGACGGCAACCGUUGUGCUCCGGCAUGCACAACACAUCCUGACGGGCGUGACACAACAACACUAUCCGGACUAGAGGAUGCCAUCACCAAUGAAGAUGAUGGAAUUUGCUGUCCACCGGCGCAAACAACUGUACCAGCUGGCAUCAUCGUGGAAGAUGUAUUUGGCUGCUGCAUUGCAACACAAAUAACGUUUCUUGACAAACGUGCAAGUGCAGCAGCAACUUCAUCGGAAACGUUCAACGCCGACGACGGAACAGAUGAUAUUGAUGGCUGUUCAUUGGGGGCAGUAUGAACCGUAACUGCCGAAACAUUACCGCCGGAAGAUGUCAACGUAUAUGAUGCAGCAGAAGAUGUUGUUAGCUGAUUCUCCACGGUACUAACUACUGGAAGCACUUGUACGCACGUAGGGUUUCGCACAACUUCUUCACUGCAAAACAUACCAACAUCAUCUGGAUCUUCCGGACGCGCUUGCUUUGUCGGCAUAGACAUGAUGUUGCUAGAGCAAAAUAGAGAUUUCGAAAAAGCGACGUAGAGAAAACUGUGAAUAAAACGCUGACAAAAUUGCUUGUUGUUCACGACAUGAAAAUUGAACUGUGAAUGUUUACCGCUGUCAAUAAAAAUAAACAACUAUGGCACCGCGUUGAAAUGUCACGCACACUGCUAAGCAUACCACGCAUGGCUCGAAAGAACACAAACACAUUGACAACUGCAAAGCGCACCGUGCGUUACGGGUGGGGAGGGGGAGGGCUCGCGCGAGGGUGUAACUCAUUCCUCCAAGAGUAACUGCUAACGGGGGACGGUACUCAAAUCACUCAAAAAAUACACUCAUUUUGCCGGACGGGUCGCGCUUCGAGGCGGCACGCGUGAGCGGGUGAUUCUUUUGUUCGCCGAAUGCAGGAACGCUCCUUGUAGCUACGGGCGCACUAACACGGCGUUGCUGCGUUUUUUGUCGGCCCGCACUCAACGUCCGGUGAAUGAUGAAAGGGCGCUCGUUGCACACUUUACAGGGAAAGGGGGGAGGAGGCCAACUGCGUUGCCGGUACCUCUAACGCUGGUAGCACUCCCGGUCGUAGGCACACACACACACGCGUUGUCCUCCCUCCGUCGAUCUCCGAUGCCGGUGGCACGUUUGAACACGUUCAACGCGGAACAAAAGUUUGCGAUGUGUAGUACACACACACUCACGUACGAAUUAACGGCGUCGGUUGCGGAUCACUUCGGGGUCACCAGUUUUAGAGGCGCCAUGAAUGUGGUCCCUAAUUUUUUAAAGAAAUGAUACGCAACACGCUUUGCGAACUACGUUUUACGUUUUACUAGAGUUCGGUUUAUUCGUUUUUUUACUAAGCCGCGGAACGGUGAGUUCGGGAGAGACGCGAAAAUUGCUGUUGCUCGAUCAAGAGUGGCCGGAGAAGAGAAUGUGUGUAGCAAGCCACCGGAUAAUCGAGGCGGUGAAGCGUGCUGUCACUGGUUGUCUCGCUCUAGUUCGCCCGUCGAACAUUUUUGGUCGUGGUUCUAGGUGUAUGCACCAGAUGGAACUCUGGUCGCUACAAGUUGAAGGAAUACGUUAAGGUAUUAUUUCACUGAUUUAAUAUGGUAACAGUUCCAUACUAAUACUCUCUUCUUACUUAUAAGAUGACCACUUUAUCUAAGCUGGUUGUAUAUAUAGUAAUAUUAAGUUUGGUUUCGUUUUCUAGUGCUCGUGUUAUUAUAGUCUAUUUUCCUAAAACCAAUAUAUUGCCUAAAAACUGCUGUUAUACUAUUUAACAAAUAAACUUGUUGCAAUAUACAACUAAUCAGGUCAUAUCACUAACGCAACCACAGGUUCAGAAUAUUUAUUUUGGUAAUAAUGAUAAUAAUAAUAAUAAAUGGGCCUUUUACAGGAUUUCGAAUCAUAUAAGGGAAUAGUUCAACCACUUAGGGGAAUGUUGCAAAUCGGUAGGGGAAUGUUGCAAGCAAGCUUGCAAAUUUUAAGGUAUUUACACCGGCACCCACAGUCUGAUGACAGCUCCACAGUACGCUUGCAACAAUCCCCUAAUCGAUUGCAGAACUCCCCUAAGUGAUUGCAAACAUCCACAGCUUGCAUGCAAUAUUCCCCUACCGAUUUGCAACAUUCCCCUAAGUGAUUGAACUAUUCCCUUAUAUGAUUCGAAACCCUGUAUUGCGUCAGUGCUUGCAAAAUAAAUUAAUAACUAAUUCUAAAUACACCUGUUUCCAUCUACGUUCGAAUCUCGUGCCGUUUGCAUCGAAUCGCAAACCGACUGCUUCGAAUCGCAUGCCACUACGAUCGAAUGCUUGCACCCAUGGUUGAAUCGCGUGCCAGUACGGUUGAAUCGCGUUCCACUAUGGUAGAAUCGUAUGCCACUACGAUCGAAUCGUGUGCCGCUACCAUUGGAUUUCUGAAAGCAAGAGCAUAGUUAACUGUUUGUUUACGUUUGAAAGCUGUUUCCUUCUUCGCCGACGGCAUUUCGUUUGUAAAAUAGUACUAAUAAAAGGCAGUUAUUCACUGAUUACACGUAAAAUCCUUGUUAUCGACGAAUAUCGUGGUCCCUUGUUGAUGGUAAAAUCCUUGUGUUCAACUAAUAUUCGGUGUUCGUUGUUGAUGGUAAAAUCCUUGGUUUCAACCAAUAUUCGUGGGGUUUACCUAUAAUCAGAGAAUAAAUCCCAUUUAUUAGUAUUUUACAAAUGAAAUGCCGUCGCGAAGAAGGAAACAGAUUUCCAACGUAAACAAACAGUUCACUAUGCUCUUGCUUUCAGAAAUCCAAUGGUAGCGGCACACGAUUCGAUCGUAGUGGCAUAUGAUUCGACCAUAGUGGAAUGCGAUUCAACCAUACUGGCACGCGAUUCAACCAUGGGUGCAAGCAUUCGAUCGUAGUGGCAUGCGAUUCGAAGCAGGCGGUUUGCGAUUCGAUGCAAACGGCACGAGAUUCGAACGUAGAUGGAAACAGGUGUAAGUCGCACAAGAACACCCAUUAAUUUUAUUAAUAUUUAUUAUAUCUGAUCAAUUUAUCAAAUACAUCAAAUAAAUCUGAUUGCUAUGCUUGUUAAGGCCAACGAACAGGCGACUGUUCAUUUUGAAACAAAGUGAUAUAUCACAGUAAUUUAGCGUUUACUUUAAGUUUGCCUCUUUCGACAGCUUAUUUCAUUUCAUUUAACAUUUAACAUGUAACUUAACUAAACUAAGGGGAAAUAGAAAAGGAUGUAACAGAAUGGAAAUCCAUAGUGAAAGGAAAAUAAGCAGCGGAUAAGAAGAAAAUAUUUAAAACAAAAAAGAAAUUAAGAACACCGCAACCAUUGGAUUUCUGAAAGCAAGAGCAUAGUAAAUUGUUUGUUUACGUUUGAUAGCUGUUUCUUUCUUCACCGACGGUAUUUAGCUAGUAAAAUACUAAUAAAAAGGAAUUCUCUGAUUAUAGGUAAAUCACGAAUAUUGGUUUAAACCAUGGAUUUUACCAUCAACAACGAACACCGAAUAUUAGUUGAAAACAAGGAUUUUACCAUCAACAAAGGACCAUGGUUUGAACCAAUAUUCGUGAUUUACCUAUAAUUAGAGAAUUCUCUUUUAUUAGUGUUUUACAAACUAAAUGCCGUCGGCGAAGAAAGAAACAGCUUUCAAACGUAAACAAACCGUUUACUAUGCUCUUGCUUUCAGAAAUCCAAUGGUAGCGGCACACGAUUCGAUCGUAGUGGCAUAUGAUUUGACCAUAGUGGAACGCGGUUCGACCAUACUGGCACGUGAUUCAACCAUGGUUGCACGCAUUCGAUCGUAGUGGCAUGCGAUCCGAAGCAGGCGGUUUGCGAUUCGAUGCAAAUGGCACGAGAUUCGAACGUAGAUGGAAACAGGUGUAAUUAGAAAGAAUAACAAAGAGCCGGAACACAAAAUUAGAAAUUAAAAUCGCGGUAAUGUUCAUUGAAUUGAAACAAAACCAAUUAGCCACGGGUCGUUAAUGCCAAACGCUGUAUUGCGGAAAGGUAUUUAAAGAGCAAUCCGAUUUCUUAAACACCUGGAAGGAACAUACCAACAAAGUUGGGAAAGCAAGUCUGGAGCAUCUAUAUUCCCUCGUAACAAAUUGCUGAUAAAUGACACACAUGCUUUAGUUCGUCUAAAUUCGAGGGUGUCGAGAUUGAACAAUAUGCAACGAUCACUGUAUGACGGUAAUGCGGUGGUGGAAUUUCCAAAGAGGCGACAAUAUAAGCACCUAGUGAAGCGCUUUUGCACGCCUUCGAGUUUGUUAUUCCAACCUGCCCUGUUAGUACAGAAGACAACAGAAGCAUACUCAACAACAGGGCGCACUAGGGAACAAUACAAUGCCUUAAGGCACCUCAAAUCGAUGAAGCCCGACGUCAUGCGAAAAAUAAGGCCAAGGUUUGAAUAAGCUUUAUCGAUGGCCAAUUCAAGAUGACUAUCGAGUGAUAGCCUUUCGUCUAACAUAACACCUAAGUCGCGAACACGUGACACCCUGUUGAUAACAGUGUUAUUAAGAACCUAAUUGCGAAUAAGAGGGGAAUGACGACGACAAAAAGAGAUCACGCUACAGGAGAGAUUUACUAGGACAGAGCUCUAAGAAGUUUGACGCACACCAUGAAGAGAGGGAGUUAAGAAGAGAUUGGAGUGCGCUGCAAUCAUCCUCUUGCAUCACUGGAACAAAUACUUUAAUGUCAUCUGCAUAUAGAAGGAGGUUACGAGAUGGGAGAAUAAAACUAAUGUCAUUUAUGAAUAACAGAAACAAGAGGGGACUUAGUACACUUCCUUGAGGGACACCAGAAGAAUUGUAAAACGGUAAAGAAAAGGACGAUCCGUAGCUUACAUGAAGAUUUCUAUUAGAAAGGUAAGAACCAAUCCAGUGAACGAAAGACGUAGAUAAGCCUAAUUUAGAGAGCUUCAUCAACAAUAGUUUAUGAGAUACUCUAUCAAAAGCAGAUUUAAUAUCAGUAUACACUGUAUCAACUUGGUAACCUGUAUCUAAGUACUAGAACAAUUUGGAUAUGAACGACAUAAGGCUAGAGGUAGUGGAACGUUUUGGCAUAAAUCCAUGCUGAUUAAACGUUAUAUACUGCUUCGAUAAAAACAAAAGCUCAGAAUGAACGAUGAUUUCCAAUACCUUGCCACUAGCGGGAAGUAGGGAAAUACCACGAUAGUUGCUUACUUCAGAUUUACUACCUUUUUUAAAAAUAGGACGUAGCCAACCUGUUUUCCAUAGAACAGGGAAACAUUUAUGUUGAAAGGAGAGAUUGAAAAUGAAUGUCAUUAUGGGAGCAAUAGAGUUGGUGCACUUUUUAAGGAUGAUUGCAGGUAUACCAUCUGGGCCAGGAGAAUAAGAAAGUUUUAAGGACAAUAUAGCUGUUGCCGGUCUCGUAGUAUAGUCGUCAACUCGUACGACUUAACAGCAUGCCCGUCAUGGGUUCAAUUCCCAAAUAGAUCGCGCCGCCAUACGUAGGACUGACUAUCCUGCUAUGGGUGGGAAUCGAUUAGUCACUGAAAGCCAAGCCCACAAGUGGGUACAGGCAGGCCUUGGCCGACAUCGGUUGUUGAGCCAAAGAAGAAGAAGAAGAUAGCUGUUACAACAUUUUCGACGGUUCAAUUUAGGGAACGGGAACACAAAACAUCGCGACGUGUAGUAGAAAGUCUAUCCUCUAACAAUUCCUCACCAUUAAUGUAAUCAGAGUAGGCGUUGCAGAAGCGAUCAGCGAAAAGUGCACAAAACUCUUGUUCGGAACAUGCUGUUGACGAACCAUAAGACAUGGUACUGGGCAGACGCUGAUUGUUACGAAGGGAAGAGCUAUAGCUCCAGAACUGUGUUGGGUGAAAAGUAAAUCGGCAUUGCAAGAAAGCUAUGUAGGACUUAUAACGGGCCCGAUUAUAAAUGCGAUACGCCGUUGCUGCAUAUUUGAACAGUCGUUUAGUGUAUGGAUUACGGUAUUCCCGAUAGUCGCGUAAGUAGCGCUGCUUAUCACGUUUCAUGGAUUCAAGGAUUGAAUUGAACCAGGGAGGAAAAGUAUGGGCUUUACGUAAAGGACAGCACAAUGGGAAAGCUGAAGACACUAGCUGUGUGAAAAUAGAGACCGCUUCGUCCAGCGAAAUUAUAUGAGCGAUUGAGGUUCCCUGUAUUACUCCUAACAUGAGACGACAAAUGAUUAACGGAUGUGUGAUUAAUAGAAGUACACAAUUCUAAUGCUGGGUUAUGCUGAUCUUCAGGUAAUAGAGGAGACGCGGCUAAUGAAGGAACACUGACGUGAGACGCAUAGUUAUCAUGAGGAGAGAAGUAGAAAAUUGGGUCUAAUUGAACAUUCCGAUAAUUUAAAAUGCCACUGAGCUGACGCAUGUUAUAAAAACGAAUAAUGUCGAAAAACGCAUCAACGGAUGUAGGGGAAACUUGUGCACGAAAAUACUAAUGUGUUGUGUCAUGUAUCCAUGAAAUAUCCGCUCGAUUAAAGUCUCCAAAAAGCAGCAUACGAUCAUAUUUUUUCAUCCUCGUCACUAUAAUAUCGAUCGUUGCAUCAAGUGCACUGAGCGUAUUUUGAUUUUUGGCGAGAGAAGGGAGUAUGUAAAUUGCACCGAUGAAGAUAGAGCAGCAAGGAAGCUUGAUUUGUAACCAGCACUGUUGACGAGAUGCUGCGAUGAGAGUGCCUCCGCAGCGCAAAUUCGAGCAGUUUCCUGCGCAGGCCUGCGUAGGUUUAGCGCCCUGUUGCGAAAUGAAAACCAACGCGGUGUAAAUUCUUUGCCGAAACGAUUUAUUGUUCUACGUUUGCCAAAAUAUUAGUCUUCGAUUCCCGCUUUUGGUUUAGAGACCUUCUCCGUGUCCUGUCGCCCUUUUUAUCCUUUGCUUGCCGAACCGAACGCGAUCGGUUGAAACCCAAACCAAUAUCUUACAUAUUUCAAAACGCGCGUUUACGACAGGUCGUUGGGUACCUUGCGAAAAGGUUCCAACAUUGUCUUCCCAAGUGUACCACAAUUGAUUUUUCGCUAGCUUCGACUUUCUUAUCCAACCUGUCAGAUUAGCGCGUGUCGUUUGUUUACAUUUGCUACCUCGUGUUAAAGUGGUCUCACGCAGCAUUUAUGAACAGUUUCUUACCGUGCUUAUCGUUUGCGCUUAGAAAGAUGCUAUCCCGAGCCCUAUACUGUUAUUUGUGAACCGUUCGUAUGCGCGUAUGAUUUCUGAAAAGCGAGGUCAUUAUGUGGACCUUUUUGGCGGAGUCGGCAGCUGCUACAGCGCGUUUGCCCCGGGCGAUAGAACCAUCGCUUAUUUAGCAGUUCAAUUUGCAUCACCGGCCUAUCCUCCUGCGGCGUUUCCUCCUGUUUACGAUAAGGUUGAGCCCGUUUCAUCACCGGCGCUUGGUGGAAGCAUUGUUGUCUGCUCGCCCGCUGCGGUCAUCAGAUAAGUGUGGUUUUAUCUUCGCCUUUGUUUUAUUGUCUGCAACGGGAUUGAUUAUUUAAUCUGUUUUUAGGCAUACAUACCGCUGCUUUGCCGCAGCCUUGCAGAGUGAUUUUGGACCAACGGAAAACUGAAGCGCAGGUCGAUCGGUUUCGUGCUCCGUAUUCUGUAGCGGUACGGAGGUUGAGCUAAUCGGUACAAUGGUCCGGUGGCUGCGACAGGUAGGCUUCUUCGCGAUGACGCCAUGUUGAACAUCUCGAUCAACUGCGUAAUGACCGUAAAUAAGCCAUCCUAAACGAGUCCUGCAAGCGACUGGCUCUCCCCGUUUGCCCUUCAAGAUCUUCAUUGGUUGGCUCAAAUGGCAGUUGUCGGCUCCAAUAAGAACGCGAGGUUGAGUGGGUGUGGUGCCCAAGAGCAAGUUCCUGUAUCAGUCCUUCAUCCAUAAGCGUUGAUGUAGACCCGUCAUCCAGUAACGCGAACGUAUCGACGCGCGCGGCAGGCUCAUACAUAGUAAUUUAUUUAUUUAUUUAUUAUAUAUAACCGACGGACCAUCAUGCCUAAUCGGCAACCUUAUAAUUAAAUUAAGGAGCAUAUAAAUAAACCUCUAGUUAUAAGCAAACAUUAAAUGUUACGUAGACGCAAUUUCUCCUUGAACGUGGAAGUAGACAUACUAAAAUCGAACAAAUCUAACACUUCAUUGAACUCGAGGGAAAUACGUAUAAUAGGGUGUCCCUGGCUAUGGUUGUUGCGGGUACGCGGUACACGCAGAUGGAAAUUAGAUCUAAGAAUCCGACAGGGAGUGAACAAAUUGACGCUGGCUAGUAAUGCCGGGGAAUCGAUCUCGCCAAAGAUGUCGUGCGAACCAAAGCCGUGUUGAGCAUAGUGUAUGUAAACAAGAUAGGGUAACGGGCUCUGCUGAAUGAUAUACACUGGCAUUUAUCAGCACACACUUGGAGGGCGUUUCUGCUGCACCAGCUGUCGAGAUUCUCAAGGAUCAUUUGAAGGCGUACACAGUCACUGUCGUAUCUAACUGGAGUGAAUAUUUUUACGUCAUCGGCGUACAUUAGGUGUUGGCCUGGCGGUAAAACAAAAGAUAGAUCAUUUAUAUAGAUGAGGAAGAGUAGCGGUCCCAUGUUACUCCCUUGAGGCACUCCGGAGGAGCUGGUGAAGGAGAGAGAACGAUGAGAUCCAAUGCUUAUAUAGUACGAACGACCAGUUAUGUAUGAACGCCGCCAGGUGAUGUGCCAGUCGAGGAAACCGAGUUUUUUAGCUUCGAGAGUAGAAUAUCAUGAGAAAUACUAUCAAACGCAGCCCUGAAGUCGAUAUAUACUGCAUCAACUUGAGUACCACGAUCCAUGUUGUCGAAGCAGAAACCAACAAAUUCAGCAAGAUUUGUGGUAGAAGAUCUCCUUGGGAGAAAUCCAUGCUGACUAGGGCUCAUAUAGUUUUGAACUGCUGUGAGUAGCGGAUUGUACAGAAUGAGCUCAAACACCUUUGCACAAGCGCAUAGGGAUACAAUGCCACGAUAAUUACUAGCAUGAAGUCGACUGCCCUUCUUAUGGAAAGGAACCAUUCGCGCGUGUUUCCAGGACGCUGGAUACGUUCCACGCAUAAGGGAAUCAUUAAAUAUUUUGACAAGAAUGGGUGCGAGUGAUUGACGGCAGUGCUUCAAAAUAUAUGCGGGAAUAUUGUCAGGCCCAGAUGAUGUAGAUGGUUUUAUAUCGCUGAGUGUGCGUGCAACUAAUGCUUUGUCAAUUGUAGGUAUAAUAAAAUCGAAAGCAUCGGAUGAA